AUGGACGCCAUGGUUAAAUAUCAACCUGGAAAAGGUCUCUGGGCCUUGGGUGCAGUCAUAGUGAACGCCGUCCAGAUACCAUUUUGGCUUCUUUGGUAUGCAUUCCCAUCGAAUCGUCAACAUCCUCAAUACAGCUUGAGACAAGCUAUCGCGACUGGAGCUCUCAGAAAUUCUAUUUGGCACUUUUGUAUGAUCAACCUCUCCACACCACUGGUCCUGAAGCCAAAAGGCAAAGAAAAAGAAUUUCUUGUCCCCAUCGCACCGUCUUCGAAAUCAGGAGUGUACGGGGGAAUCUGCGACGACGAACAUAUCAAACCUACAACCGUAUGUGGCUAUUGGUAUCCAUCGCCUUACAUUGCUAGCGAGGAUAGAAACAAGAAGGUGGUGCUCCAUUUUCAUGGCGGCGCCUUUGUGGUUGGAGACUGCCGUCCUGCAGACUCUGGAUACGCGGCUGGUCUUCUCACCGAGAAUAUCGGCAAAACGCUAAUGGUAUCUUACCGGCUUUCUUCAAACCCUGGUGGUCGUUUUCCUGCCGCACUUCAAGAUGCUGUCUCGGCUCUUCAUUAUCUCCUUGAUCUGGGUAUUGAUUACUCCAAUAUUGUUGUUAGUGGGGAUUCGGCCGGUGGCAAUCUCGUGGCCGCACUACUGAGGCAUCUUGCGGGCGUGGAUGAGCCAGUCCUUGCCGCAGCGCUUCUGUGGUCUCCGUGGGUUGAUCCCGCGACGAGCGUUAAACCCGAAACAAUACUUCGUUCCUUACACCGAUGGUCCGACUAUAUCCCAGGGGAGUUUGCGACCUGGGGAGGACACGCCUACUGCCCUAAGGAUGGACCAAUUAGCAUGGAAGAUGGAUGGAUCAGUCCUAGAGCGCAUCCAUUCCACACAAAGACACCGAUAUGGGUUCAAGGAUCCGGUCAGGAGAUUUUGUUCGAAGAGAUCACUGAGUUUGCGGAAGGAAUGAAGCGUGUAGAUGGUAACAACGUCGCCUUUCACAUAGAGGAAAUUGCAAAUCAUGACAUUCUAUUGCUUGGAAACGUCACUGGAUUUGAAAAGGAAGCAGAAAACGCUGCGAAAAUGGCGGCUGAAUGGCUAGAUCGACAGUAA